AUGGCGGAGAUGGUGAGGCUUCGUGUCGUGUUCGAAGAUCGUGGCAUGCUAAGCAAGUCAAAGAAGAAGGAAGGAUUGAACCGUUGUUGGUUUCUGCUUAAACCCCAACACAACACCAUUUCCGAUGUUGCCUCUCAUCUGCAUAACACUUUCGGUCUCCACCGGACCUGUCCCCGUGGCAUCAUCCUCUUGAUGGAUGGUUUUGUUUUACCAUCUUUUGAAUCCACUUGCAUUCUGAAGGAUAAGGACAUUGUCUGUGUGAAAAGAAAAGGAAGCACAUCCACUAAUGACAAACUUACAAUGCUGUCACCUGUGAGUCGUGCUCACGAGUCUAUAGAGCUUCCAAAUGUUCUUGCGAUUGAGGGUCUUCAAGAAGAGUCUGGAGGAGAGGAAACCAUGUCCCAAGAGGAUAACAAAGUAGAAGAUGCUGUCUAUGUGGAAUCUAAAUCGGACGGGAAGGCCACCUCCAAGAAACGAAAAGCUUCAAAGAAGCUCAAGAGCCCUAGUCAGAAGAAGAUUAAGUUGUCUACUACAGAAAACUUGUCACACAUUCCUGAGGUCCAUGAGGAGGAAAAUGGAAGCUCUGAAGGUUGUAUUCAUCACCAACUGAGUCUUGUCAAGAAGGAGAAGAAGAAGUCUUCCAAUUUAUCUAGCAAGCUGAAUAAGUCAAACAACCUUGAUAAACAGAAGAAUGCCAAUAGUGAUUGUCCAAGUGAGGAAACCAGGUUUGCUCAACCUCAAGAUGAAAGUGGGACUAAAAAGUUCCCUAGCAGAAGUGCUCGGCGGAAGAAAUCUAAAAGGAGAUGGCUGAGGGAACUAAAGUUAGAGAAGGAGAAGCAGGACAAGCUCCAUCAGACUCCAGUGCUUGAAAAAGACCGACAAGAAUUACCUAUCAGAGAUAAUAACUGUGUUGUUUCUGAUGUACAUCAACAAUCUGAUGAAGAAAGUGAAGAAGAGGAUGAAAUUGUUCCUGUAGAAAUUAGGCCAGGCCACAUUCGGUUUGAGCCCCUUAAAAAAGAUCAUGAUCAGGCAGCACCUCAGGAUCAGUUUCCAGUGGAAACAUUUUUGUGGAAUGGAAUCACUAACAAGAAGAAGGGCCAGAAAUGGGGUAAAGAGACAAUGUCAUUCUGUAAACAGGAUGGCUACGUACAUUCCAGUCAAGAGUGUCCUACAGUUCAAAAUAUUGAAAAGGAACCCACGUUCAAUGCAGUAGAUUUCGAUAAGCUUCAAGCAUAUACAGGCCUGCCUAAGGAGGGUGACGUAGUAGCUUAUCGAUUGAUUGAGUUAUCAGCAUCUUUCACUCCUGAACUUUCCUCCUUUAGGGUUGGGAAAAUAUCUCAGUAUGAUGCUAAAUCAAACAGGAUUUGGCUGGAACUGGUUUUAGAAUAUCCAUUUGACUUUAAGAAAGAAAAAGAAGAUGCAUCUUCUUUUGAGCUGUCUGAUACAUCCCCUUAUCGGGAGGAUGGUUCUUUAGAGAUAGAUUAUGCAUCGCUUGUUGAUGUUCGAAUGGUUAAGCAUGGUCUACUUGGUUCGAAAACUGUGGUUGUUUCUAGUGAAGCGUUGAUCAAUCCAACAAAAUCAACUAAUGGUAGCACUGCUGAAAAACUUGCGGGUGAUUCCAUGGGAUGUUGCCAGCCAGAAAAGGAAGGUCAAAUCCGUGAUAAAGAAAAUGGGGAAGUAAACUUGUGGGAAGAAAUUAACAAGGAAUUAGAAGCAAAAAAGGCCAAGCUGUCGCAGGAUGAUGGCUGGAACAGGGGAGAGAGCUCAAGCACGCGGUCAUGGUCUCAUAGAGCCAUGAGAUGCAGUGCGUUGGGUCCCACAAUGGAGUUUUUAAGGUCCAACAAUGGACUUUAA